GCUCCGUGGUGGUCGGGCUCUUUGGCUCGGCGCCGCGGCCGUCCCUGCGCCGACAGGGGGCCCUGGAGCUGGACCAGCCAGAGGCUUCCGGCGACGAGGAGGCCGAGCCCUCGGUGCCCCAGGGCGACCGCGCAGACAGUGGCGACGGCCCCUGGCCGGCCGCAGCGGCCAUCUCCAGCGCCAUCCACGCGGCCGCGCCGGGCCGUCGCAGAAGCACGCGCCGCCAGAGCGCCCGCGCGCGGCGGCCCAGCCGCGAGACCGCGGGCCCCGCGCAGCAGCCGGGCGCCGCGACGGCCCACCGCCGCAGCGUGCGGCGCGCGGCCGCGGACGCGGGCCAGGGCUCGACGGGCGGGCCCGGCGGCGGCGCCGCGCAGCACCGCCGGCGGAGGCGGUCCGAGGCCGCGGCGGAGCCGAGGCCCCCCAGCUGGUCCCCGUCGCCGCCGCGGCGCGGCGCCGCCGCUGCCGAGGCGCCGCCGGGCAGCGGGCGGCGCGCGGGGGCGCCGGCGGGGCAGCGGCCUCCGGCCUGGGAGCCGCAGGAGAGCGACGACGCCAGCCUGCCCUUCGAGGCGUCCCAG